AUGGCAUUACAAGACGUUGUUACCCGUGAAUACACCAUCAACUUACACAAGAGAUUGCACGGUGUUCAUUUCAAGAAGAGAGCCCCAAAGGCUGUCAAGGAAAUCAAGAAGUUCGCCACUUUACACAUGGGUACCACUGAUGUUAGAUUAGAUCCUAAAUUAAACGUCCAAUUAUGGAAGAGAGGUGUCCAAGGUGUCGAAUACAGAAUGAGAUUAAGAAUCUCUAGAAAGAGAAACGACGAAGAAGAUGCUAAGGAAAAGUUAUUUGCUUUAGUCGAACCAGUCACUGUUGCUUCCACCAAGGGUUUACACACCGUUGUUGUUGAUGAAGAUGAAGCUUAA